AUAGAAAUUGCAAUAUUUCAUGAAUUCAUAAAGUAGCAUACUUAUUGCUUUUUAUUAUAAAGACAAAGUAUAUUAGUAAUCGUUGAUAGCGUUGUAAAGUAUUAAGUAUAAUGUUAAACAAAAAUGUAAGUGGAGCUUGUCUCGAUGAAAAAAAGUUACUUCCCAUUGACACAGCAUGUUUCAGUAUAGUGAAUAAAAUUGAUCAUCCUGUUACAUUUUUUAGCAUUUUCGACGACUGCAUAUUGUGCGAUGGACAACCAGUAAUAGACUUACCAGGAAAUAGUAAUACAACUUUACAAAUAUCUACCAAAUAUCCAACACGCUUUUAUUAUAAUGAUAAUCAAACAGAUAAAUUGUAUCUUUCUUGUAUGGAAACAUACUCAUUCAAACAACAUGGGCGAUAUAGUUGGAACAUAACUUCAAAUGGUAGUUGUUCUCCUAUUUAUGUCCUAUAUGAACCAUGGAAUCCUUAUUUACCUUUACUUGCUGCAUUAAUGAUAUACAUACUUGCAUUUGUAAUAAUAUUUACAUCUAAAUUAGUGAUUAAUACAGUGAGAACAUAUUUAAAUAAGCCUAUGGAUUUACAAGGUGACUUUGAUAGACUUCAAGAGUCAGAAUCACCUCCUCAAAUGCUUACAGUAUCAAAAACUGGAAUGAGAAUGCAAGCUUUAGAUACUUUUAGAGGUAUUGCAGUUUUAUUAAUGAUAUUUGUAAAUAAUGGAGGUGGUAAAUAUGUUUUCUUGAAGCAUGCUGCAUGGAAUGGUUUGACUGUUGCAGAUUUGGUUUUACCCUGGUUCGCUUGGGCCAUGGGAUUUACCAUUGUAAAUUCAAUAAGAGUGCAUCUUAGAUUAUCAAUUUCACGUACGAGGCUUAUUAUGAAACAAUUACGCCGAGCAGUCAUUCUUAUAUUUCUUGGAUUGCUAAUUAAUUCUAUCCACAAUUCUUCCCUCUCAGAGCUGCGAUUUCCUGGUGUUCUGCAGCUUUUAGCUAUUUCAUAUUUUAUUUGUUCUUUAAUUGAAACAUGCUUUACAAAUGCACAGAGAAACUUCCAAUUUGGACAAUUUGGUUGUCUACAAGAUAUUUCAGAAAGAUGGGCCCAAUGGAUAGUAGUACUUGUUAUAAUGACAAUUCAUACAUGCUUAAUAUUUUUACUACGUGUUCCUGGUUGUCCACUUGGUUAUAUUGGCCCAGGAGGCUAUCAUCAUCACAGUGAAUAUAUAAAUUGCACCGCUGGAGUUGCUGGCUACAUCGAUAGGCUUAUUUUUGGAAAUCACAUAUAUAUGAAUAAAAUUAAUCAAGUUUAUGGACCUGUACAUCCACAUGAUCCAGAAGGUUUGAUGAAUACAAUAUCAGCAGUAUUUAUAGUAUUCUUAGGAGUUCAAGCUGGUCGUAUUUUUGUUACUUAUUAUCAAGCUAGUUCGAGAAUAAUUAGAUGGCAAGCUUGGUUUAUUAUAACGGGUCUUAUAGCUGGUAUACUAUGUAAUUUUAGCAAAGAAGGCGGUUUAAUUCCAGUGAACAAGAACAUGAUGUCAUUGUCUUUCGUUUUAUGCACAUCUAGUUUUGCCUUUCUACUAUUCUCCAUUUUGUAUUAUUUAAUCGAUCAUAAAAAGAUCUGGAGUGGUGCACCAUUUAUAUAUGCAGGAGCUAAUCCAAUAUUAAUAUAUAUUGGACACUAUAUGACAAUGGACCUGUUCCCAUUUACAUGGAUAAUCCCUGGAACUCCAACUCAUACAUCUAUAUUAGCUAUAAACUUGUGGACUACUACUUUGUGGUCAUUCAUAGCUUUUAUUUUAUAUAAAAAAGAUAUUUUAAUAACUAUAUAAAAAUAUACAUUGAUAAUUGAAAUUCAUCAAUGUUACCAAAAAGAGAAAAGUGUCAAUAGUACACAUAAGAGAAUAAUACUUUAAAUUGAUUGU